AUGCAAUUCAUUACACUCGUUGUUUUACUCAGCCAGCUGCUUCUCAGCACUGCUGAAGAUGAAUCCUCGACACCCCAAAUUGUCACUAUAAGCCCUAUCAUUGCACCACCCUUCACGCAUGGCCCCUUCCUACCACCAACGUCAUUAAUCCUUGAAAUUCCUCCCGUAAGAACCAGAAUUUUCACUAUCGUAAGGCCUACCAGGCCCUGGCCUACUAGACCAAUUAUUACCAUCAUAAGGCCCAGUCUGCCGCCCUUCACCAUCAAAGAACCAACUGAGGAGGCCUCGACGCCCACACCAAGCAAGACUAGAACCUACAGUGACUGCGGGGGCUUCAGGCCCACGCAUGUGGCAUGCGCCGAAGGCUACACAUGUAUCGACGACCCGUGGCGCGAUGGAUGUGGGAUGGCUUGCGAUGGGCCGGGGAUCUGUGUGGAAAAGAUUUACUGUAAUGGCUUCAUUGGGCUACAGUGUCCCGAGGGUAUGUGGUGCAUGGACGAUCCGAGAGACAGCUGCAACCCUAAGAAAGGGGGUGCUGACUGCAUUGGAAUAUGUAUUUGA